GUUACCUUCAUUAUUUGAUGUUAUACCGUAGUUAGUAUCGGUUAUAUAAAAUAACUUUUUCCUGUUGCUGUAGCCAUCGAAUACCAGUGCUUAUAUGUCCAGAGGAUUAUCCAUAUUCAAAUAUCUGCAAAAAUUGUCAAAAUUUGUAUCUUCUGAAGUAUGAUGUUGUACUUAAUAGUAUUUGCCGCUGUCUGUGUUGUCAUUAUAAUAAUAUUUUUGAUAAGUAAUAGCUUAUACAGGGAAGAAAUAUCUAACUUGUCGAAGAGGUGCGUGUUUAUUACUGGAUGCGAUACGGGUUUCGGGAACUUGCUGGCCUGUACUUUAGAUGCAAAAGGUGUUUCUGUUAUCGCUGGAUGUCUUACGGAGAAAGGCGCUAGGGACUUGGAUAUCAAAACGUCUUCUCGUUUGAAGACUGUUAUUGUUGACAUCACAGAUCAGACUUCUGUAAGGAAAGCUUAUGAGUUCACUAGUGAACAAACAAAAGAUACAGGGUUGUGGGGCGUCGUGAAUAAUGCUGGUAUUAUGCCUACAUACGCACCAACUGAAUGGACCACUUUAGAAGAAUUUGAGAGGGCAUGCAAAGUUAACCUUUUUGGAACAGUUUCUGUCACAUUAGCAUUUCUGCCACUUUUACGACAAUCACGCGGUAGACUUGUAAAUGUGUGUAGUGUUACCUCAAAUUGCGGAUAUCCGGGCCUUUCAAAUUAUGUUGUAUCCAAAGCGGGCGUCAAAAUGUUUACAUCUUGCGUACGGCGUGAGCUACUUCAUACUGGCGUCACUGCUCACACCAUUGAACCUGGAGGGUUUAAAACAAACAUAACAGACAAGCACAGACUAUUUGACAUACUACUAAAGGCCUAUCAGAGAGCUGAGCCGGAUGCGCAAAAAUGCUACGGUGGAGAUAUUUCCAGAUAUUUGAUAGGUGGAAUCAAAAACACCGCCAAGUACGUGAGUACUAGACCACAGAAUGUCGCCGAUACCAUGGCGCAUGCGCUGUUAGCAAAAUAUCCAAAAUGCCGCUAUCUCGUUGGACCAGAUGCACAUUUGUUUUUCCGAUUGAUGUCGUAUUUACCAGAAAGGGCAGUGGACUAUAUACUCGGCUGGCCUGCUCCUUAUGGCACCCUCUGUCCUGAACUGAAGGAGAGCAGGUUGCUAACAAACUGAGCAAUUAGGAGAUAUGUCAUAAAAAGGUCAAUAUAUGGUUGUGGUGUGCUUAAAGUCAUGCAGUAUGUGCACACCCUUGGACUAGUACCAUCACAUGUGUGCCAGUAACGAAAUUAAGCACUUAGCAGCCGUAUAUAAACUUCAUGGGAAGCCAAAUGUUUGCAAAUUCCAGUCGAGACGAUUACGACAUCUCGGCAAAUUUUGCAUAUAAUGGCCCGACAUCAGUCUAAUAUCGGCAUGUGUUUGCUUGACCAAUAUGUAAUGUCGUAUCUACGAGGGUUGAUCCAAAAGUAAUGUCACCGGAGCCAUUGUCGGACCGGCAUGGUAUCGACGGGCUGACACUCGCUCACUGGGUUAAAGACCUCAGGCCUAACUCAUACACAUGCAAAUAAUUGUGCUAAGGCAAAUCGUUCGAAACCAGGCACUUGUUGGGCCAAUUUCGACAAUUUAGAAGUGAUUAGCUAUUAAAGAUGUCUAAUUUAGAUAAUUAGUUUACUUAAUUUUUAUCGAUUCAUACACGUCAGUUACAUGUUUUUGUUUAUCAGUAGGGUGAAGUUCAAGGUAGAGCAAUAUAGAUAUUGUUAAGUUCUUGCCUUUUGCAGUACAUGACGCUAAGCGAUAAAAUUGCACAAAGGUUAUAUGCAUCUGUAAAUACAUUUUCAGACUUAGAUGCUUUAAAAUAGUAAAACCUUUAAACUACUUAUAUUCACGAACAGCUUCGAUCUUCACCAAACUUUGCCUGUAAUAUCCUUUUAUAGACCUUGUUCAGUUUCUUUCAUAUGGUACCGCUCAACCCCGUUUAGCGGCCACCAGAGCUAAAAUAGAAGAAAAGUCUUUAACCUACUUCUAAAGAACUGCUUGAUAUAGAUAUUCACCAAAAUUUGCAUGUAGCUUCCUUGUGUAGAUCUCUUUUAAGUUUGUUCAGAUGGUUCCGCAUGGCUCGUUAUCUAAAAAAGAAAAAAAACAACUUUUAACUGACUUCUUCUCAUGAACCGCUGGAAGCAUCUUCACUAAACUUGGUCUGUAGCAUCAUUAUACGGACCUCUCUCAAUUUCAUACAUAUGGAUUUGCUUCUAUAUAAAGCUGAAAUUCUGCUUCUGAAGAGAUGCCGUCAGUAUCUUGCUAUCAGUAUCUUGCUAAAUGAAAAUAUAUCCAAUAUUUCAAUUUGUUCAUGUGUAAAUAUGUGAUCUGUGCAUGCGUUAUUUUACAUUAUAGCGUGUUAUAACUGAAUAUCAAAGUGUAAUGUUUAACAUGGUAUUAUAAAAUAUUGCUGAUUUAUAUUUUAGAUAAAAUCUCACUACUGCUGCUAAUAAUUUGUUACAUUUGUUCAGAUGAAUCUAUUGAUAAUCAUUCAAAUAAAAUCUGAAAUUUU